AUGUCUUCAGAGCCAGCCCCAGACGCUGAUGGCAGCAGAAGAGGCCUCAAGAAGCCCUGCUCAUUCCGCAUCGAGGACAUCCUCUCCAGCCCAGCAGAGAGGAGCCCCCAGGUCCUGGUCCCACUAUGCCUGCGGAGCAUCUUGGACUACACACCCAAAGGGCUGUGUGAGCUAGAGACCACCCCAGCCAACUCCCUGCAGGAAGAGGGAGAGGAGGAAGAGCUGGAAGGGGCAGGCUGCAGCUGCUGCUGCUGUUCUCACAGGAGUGCCUGCACCCUGCGGGACUCACCAAGCUGGCUGGACGCCAGGCUCCCCUGGCCCAUGCAGCUCCUCCACUCGGCAGUCAGGGUCUGUAGGAGUCACCAGGGGAGCUCGGGCGAGCUGCAGACGUUGCAGCAGAUGCAGCGCCGGACACGCCGGCACCGCACCAUCUUCACUGAGGAGCAGCUGCAGGCCUUGGAGACACUUUUCCACCAGAACCAGUACCCAGACGUUGUCACCCGCGAGCACCUGGCCAGCCGCAUUCACCUGAAGGAGGAGAGGGUGGAGGUUUGGUUUAAAAACCGUCGGGCCAAGUGGCGGCACCAGAAGAGGGCUUCUGCUUCAGCACUGAUCCUUCAAGGCAGCAAGAGGCCCUCUCAGGAGAGCUGUUAG